UUGCCAAGGAGACGCGAAUACCGGAAAUGCGGAAUUCGGGGAGGGUGCGCUUGCUGGGGCGGUCCGAGGGAGGUCCGGCUCACAGGUCCUGACUGGGAAGAAGUCGGCAGGUCCUGGCAGGGGAGAGCCGGGGCCGUGACAACUCGGGGUAUAUAGGCGGCUUUAACGGGAUGGAGUCGCAAGUUGCGGAUGCCCAGGCCGGCGAGGCUGAGCGAGCUGUGGGCGAAGGCCCAGCAAGCAGCGGCGCCUCUCGGGGGCUUCAAGUCUCGGAGCCCUUGGGAGCCGCCCGGUGGAAGCUCCUGCGGCAGGUUCUGAAGCAAAAGCACCUGGAUGUUUGCCUGCGGCAUGUAUCUGUAAGAAGAUUUGAAUCAUUUAAUCUGUUUUCAGUAACAGAAGCCCAAAAAAAGGCAACUGAAGAGGAAGUUGGUGCUUGGGUCCAAUACACAAGUGUCUUCUAUCCUGAGUACAGUAUUUCCUUAAGGCAUAAUAAUGGAUCUUUGAAUGUUGAAGAUGUUCUUACCAGCUUUGACAAUACAGGAAAUGUUUGCAUCUGGCCAUCUGAAGAGGUUUUGGCUUACUAUUGCCUCAAGCACAGAAACGUAUUCAGGGACCUUGCUGUGUGUGAGCUAGGGGGUGGCAUGACAUGCUUGGCUGGGCUCAUGGUUGCUAUUUCUGCAGAUGUCAAAGAAGUUCUGUUAACUGAUGGGAAUGAAAAGGCCAUCAGAAACGUGAGCGACAUCAUCACAAGGAAUCAGAAGGCUGGCGCAUUUAAAACUCAGAAAAUAUCAAGCUGCGUUUUACGAUGGGAUAAUGAGACAGAUGUCUCUCAACUGGAAGGACAUUUUGACAUUGUUAUGUGUGCUGACUGCCUCUUUCUGGACCAGUACAGAGCCAGCCUUGUUGAUGCAAUAAAGAGAUUACUCCAGCCCAGAUUGAAAAAGGAAAACCAGGACGUCUAUGAAGAAAACCUUCAUUACCCACUUCUGCUUAUUUUAACCAAAAAAGGAUAGAAGAUUAAGCUGCUCAAAAGACGAAACCACCAAGUGCACAGGGCGUAUUUUCACAAAAACAGAAACCUGCGAUGGGUAUGCUAUGCAGCAAGCUGUUGGCUCCCUGAGAUCUGUGAGCCCCCACCAUCUCGGCCACAUUCCACAUGUGGGCUGUGGGGUCCACCUGUCCUCACUCACAUCAUUCCCCAGCCCUCCUGGACUCUCUUUUUUCAUCUGCUCUUCUUGGACCAAACCUUUGUUUGUCUUUAAAUAUCCACAAAACAGCCUGAGAUUUGAAUCGGACUUAGGAGAAAGCUGAAUCUUUUUCCUCCUAAUUGAGACAGAAUUUCUUUUGGUGAUUCCCACCCGCACCCCCCUUUUAAAAAAGGAUCUUUGUUCUGUUUUGGUGAUGGUACUUUUUAAUCUGUAAACACAGCAAACCUCAUGAUUCUUUCCUGGUUAAGAAAAUAAAUAAAUAAAGCAUAUCUUUCUCACCUCCCUCAAAUUAAUUGUAUUAAAUCUGCCAUCCUUUUUUGCUGUCCCUCUCACUCAUUCUCUUUCUCCUUUUAAACAGGAUGUUUUUUUCCCUAUGGAUGUAUAAGAAAUGACUACAUCAGCCCAAAGCCUCAUAAACUGACCGUUUGUCCUCUGGACACAAUAGCGUGGCCAGCCCUCUGCUCCUCCUCUCCAAUUAUGUGUGAUUAGUCUCAAUGUGUUGUGUCAAGGAGGAGGAGUGUGCUGAGUGCUUAUUAUCUGUUUAGGUACAAGAAGAGCACAUUUAGGCUCUGACUAUGAAUGAAAAGUGAGCCUUUAUCGGGGCUCACAUCUAACUGCUGCUGUUCUCCAGACCUCUUUCAAAAUAGGUCCUUGCCAGAGAAAUUUUGAAUAAAUGGCUGCUAAACUAGAUUGCAACCAGGGGGAGUUUUUAAAAACUCAAUCACACAAUUAUCUGAUUUAAAGGAAGCACAUAUUGUUGUAUGCUGUGAUUCGAGUGUGUGGUAAACAUUUAAUAGGUGCUACCUAGGAUCGAGAGAGAAUGACUUUUCUGCAGGGAACCCAAGCAUAUCCUGGCCUAGUGCACCCACGAGAAGCUCUAAUGCCUUUUGUGGAAAUUCAGAUGUUUAUCUGUAAGGAAUCAUCUGGGCCCACUUUAGCAGUAAUGUCAUUAACAGGGGAGCUCUGUAUUCUCCUAUCUGUAGUCGAGGCAGACGUUAUUUAGUGGGCUGCAAUUAAAGGGAUAGGUAGGAGACUGGGGGCAAAUCCUUUUGCAUGUUAAACAAACUUAACGGUCAUAAAAACAGCCACUCUCAAACGUCUUCUCUGCUCACUUCUAUCAUCAAACAAAUUUUUCACCAUCAGUUUGCAUGUCCCUGUAUUCACCACUUUUUCUGCUCCAUUAGAGCACCUAGAUGGAUCUCGGAAGGCAUAGGUCAAGUCGCAGUUAGAUCAUACAUUUCUUUCUCACAAAAACUUGAAUUGCAAUGCCAAGUGAUGGGCUAACAUCACAAUAACAGCAAUUUAUUCCUCUUUGGAUAAAACAGCAGUCUAUUCUCAGUGCUAGAUAAAGACCAGGGCAAUGCAAACCAGCCAUUUAGCUGAGUAGUUCAGCUAGUGGCAGCUCUCCUUUGGCGACUGUAUAGGUUGCACACUGGCUUCAUAUUUUCUUGUUUAAAAAUUAGAAUUUGAAAUGUUUUAAAAGGCGACACAGGUAGUUCCAUUUAUACUGGUGAAAAUACAGCAGAAAUGAUUUCUUCUGGAAAAGCUGCCACUAAAUCUGCCAGACAAAGAAAACCCAUCCCCACAGUAGCACCUAAAAUGGUCUGUUCUGUUUCUUUUCUUUGGAAAUGGAGAGAAAAUUUUCUUUACUUUUUUUUUUUCUCUCAUGAGAAUAUAUGAAUUGGCGAGAAUUUAAUUUGCGUUUUUGUGUCGUGGGUGUAGAAAUCCAGUGUUUUUUUCCUUUGGGAGAAAUUUUAUUUUUAAAAAGUGAGCUUGAAGUAACGGAUUCUUUAAAAAAUAAU